AUGCUAGAAGAAGGUGAUUCUAGUCCGGAUGGCGACGGAAUUGAUCAAGCCUCUAGUGUUGUUGAGUCUAAUGAUGGCAAAAUGCGAUUCUUCGGAGCAUCUUCCGGAUUUUGUGCACCUUUUUCCGCUCGUGAAGCUGACGAACAGGAAAGCAAGGUCUGGACAGCGGCAUGGCGCACAGCAACACAGCAGAAUGCUAGUCGAUGGCAGCUGACAAGCUGGAUUCCUCGCACGUUACAAGAUGGGUUCGACCAGCGCAUCUUCCAGCCUUUACCAUCCAAGCAAACGGCAGUUCAGCUGGUAGAGGAAUUUUUCGCAACCUUCAACCAAGCAACCCCACUAUUUGACGAGUCAUCCGUCAAGAACCUACUCGAGAGACAAUUCUCCUGGAACCCCGACGACAGCCCUUCGUGGUGGGUGUCGCUCAACAUCGUCCUGGCCUUUUCGUAUAGAGAAAGAGCCCAUGCAUCUCCAGACGCAAGCAACAACUGGCAAUUAUGCUUCGGACACGUCCGCAACGCAAUGAAUGCCGUGGUCGAGCUGUUCAUGCGCAAUACAGACCUCCUAGCUGUCCAGGGGAUACUAGGAUUGGCUCUGUUUUUCCAAGGCACGCCAAAUUCGCAAGCACUCUUUAUGCUUGCAGCUGCCGCGAUGCGCUUGUCGCAUUCUAUGGGGCUGCACAGAAAUAACACUUUACGAUUGACGGCGUCGCAAAUCGAACAACGGCGUAGGACAUACUGGAUUGCGUUCAUCUUAGAUGCAGAUAUCUCCCUUCGAGUUGGCCGUCCGCCGAUUCAAGAUUUGGAGGAUUAUGACACACCUUUACCCGCUGAAGUUCCUCAUGACAGAAAGGGUAUCAUCUGUCUCGAGGGGAUUGAGAUGAACUUUUUCCUUCUCCUUGCGCAGUUUGCUCUGGUCCAACGGCGUCUCUAUAGAAGCCUCUACACGGUAGCCGUGCAUCGACAAUUUCGAGUGAAUAUAAUAGGCGAAGUCAAAGCCUGUGAAAGAGCGCUCCAGGAAUGGAAGGACUCAAUUCCUCUUCCCAUGCAGCCUCAGCGCGCAUUCGUUGUUGUCGCACCCGACUACUUCCUACAGCAUCUCCUACGGUUACACUUUGCAUACCAUUUCUGCUACGCCAACCUGCACCAGGUGUGCAUGCUCAGGGGCCAGACUGAGAUAUCCACAAGCCGAGGUGCUGGAGAAGGGAUUAAUUCGACUAUUGUGCAGUCACUUGAAUCAGCACGGUCUGCUGUCGAGUUACUGAGCUAUAUUUGCUUGUUAGGAUCUACAUAUGAGUGGAACGUGCUUUACUUCCCCGCAACAGCUUCAGUGGCACUAGCCCUACAUAUAAUGGUAUACCGGAAUCACCAACAUGCCCAAGCAGAUCUUUCCGCUGUUCGUGAGACUGUCGAUUUUCUCUCCGAUGUAUCGUCCCGGGAGCCAGGUACUUACGUUGAUUAUAUCCUGGGUGUAUGCUCUGAUUUACAAAGUGCUGCUGCGCGGGCUCUUACACGGGGCCAGACUGGUCAUUCCCAGGAGACAUCCGUAGAUGACAGUAACGGUAGGGAUAAGCGCAAGGAUAUAAGCAGCCAUGUGGAUAUUACGGCUUCUACAGCGGGCUUUAUAAAUGACGGUCCUGCGAGCAAUCUUGCGAAUGGAGCCUUUGAGAACGCGGAUUUUGGGGCUCUGGAUGACUUGGCUGUGAACUGGCAAUGGUCAAUGUCUCCGUUUUGGAACUGGCAGGAUUCGAAUUGA